CCGAGGUUAACAGCGUCGUUGUGCUAACUGAAAAGGAUUGUUUGCUUUGCUGUAUUAAUACGGUUUUCGGCCCUUCGCACUUACUCCGCUCGAUCCGAAUAUUCUCGUCCUGUGCUUGUUUUUCGAUAAUCUUCUCUCUGUUAUAUAAAAUAAAUUAAAAAUAAGUUAAAUUUAUACUUUUUGAAAAUCAACUAAGCUUCUAUACCGUAGUCGAAGCUUUUUGUCAAGUGCUACAUAGCUGCAAUUAAGUAAUUAGGUUGGGCGAGUUUCGUCUAGUGCGGUGAUCUUCGGGUAAAUGCGUUAUAAACUUAUUACAGUAUAGGUCGUAGUUAGUUAGCAGUGCAGUCAAGCUUGAGGCGUGUAAAGUGUUACAGCAACUUCCGAUUUAACGCAAAGUUUCAUCCAAGGCACCAAACGUUCAGCUAAACAAGCGUAUAUUAUACCAGCACUCGAUAACGUUUUAAUUCGGCUAGAACAGCAAAAUAAAGAUACUAUAUCCACUUGUUUUGAUGUUCUCGUAUAUGUCAGUCGCUCGAUCAGUAUUAAUCAACCGGGCAAACAAGUGUGGCAACGUUCGAAUUCAAAAGUGGAGUCAUAGAUCUAGCCGACGAAUUAACUCAUUGUACACGACGGAGCUUCUUUUUUUUCAUCGGGACUGCCGACCUUUUAUUUUACUCGCGCACAAAUUUUAUCGGAAAACAUAGCUCAAUCGCAAUUUGGAAACAAAGUGACGAAAAUAACAAGUCUAUACUAUAGUAUACACACGAUGUUUUUCCGUUCACAGACAAUAAGCUUCGAUCAACGAAUGUCAAGUACACCGGUAUAUGCGCGCGAUAUCCCGUGCUUAUUUCGGCUGAUUUAGCUUGAUAUCUCACGGCUGGUCGAACAUCCUCGAGUGAGAGAGACAGAGAAAGCGGGAAAAAGAAACAUUAUAAGAGAUUCACGACGGGAAAAAAUCGAUGCUUUCAUGUAUUAUGCAGUUGUUUUGAUACGUAUACGUGAGCGUAGCGGUGUCGCGUGUCGCGGUUACUUUUGCGACAAAGGAAUAGCGGGCGACUAAGUGGUCACUGACGGUUGAGCUAAAUCGACCUCCUCACGAUCGAUUGUAGGCAAAUUAGGUGGAACAAAAGCCAGAUGACUGGUGCGCGCAUGUGAUUCGGAGGGAAAUUCAGCGUUUGGGCUCUGGAAUUACAGGAUGUGCUGCAUACAGCCGCAGCGUACACGAGGAAUUUCAUUACUUUUCAAAAGCUUUUCUUUGAUCUGAUACUUUGGAAAUAUCGAAAAUUCCUUUGUGCGUUAUCGAAGCUAUUGUGUUUGCUUGCUCGGUAUUCGACUAUUACAGCGCGUAUACGCAAUUGGGAUAUUAUACCGUUUCUGGCAAUGCAAACACGCAGGCAUUAAAGUAAGCCAACAUCGGCGAGCAUAGGGCAUAACAUUGGAUUGUUUUAAUCGUAAAAUAUCGUUGUGGCUACGUACAAAUCAACGAUAAUUUCUUGCACAGAACUUUCCUCGAAACGAAAAAGCUUCUCCAAAAAAAAAUCCAUAAUAUCAAUCCUUACCGAAAUUCCGCAACAAAGCUGACGCUAUAUUUAUCCAUAUUAAAACACGGGAGGGAGCGUAUAUCAAUGCGUUAGGUUAGUUUAUAUUAUGGUUCGGCAUCAAAUACAUCGGACAUUAAGCGAAUAGCGUAUAUCCGCUGGGGUGAUUUAGCGCUGCAUACUACACGCACGACGUCAUCUGCGCUGCAUAUAACUCAUUCCGCUGUAGGCGCUCUCGGCUACUAUAUGGCAAUCUGCGACUCGUAAUUAUUUGUACAUACCUGUAGUAAUUGAUUACUUGAUUUCGAUUGUUUGUUUCGGGGAUUUUAGGAGGGGAGGCAGCUGUCACGCUGUACUGCAUCGAACGAGAGAUUCUGCUAAAUUAGUUUAAUCCUAAUGGAUUAAGCAGCGUUUGAGUGGUGAACAAAUUUUGGGAAACGGUUUUCGUUUGUUCAAAGUUUAUGUUUCGGCGUUAUUUUUGGGAACAAAUUUGCGGAGAAAAUUGAUGAAAUGCAAAGCUUCUUAUAACAGCGAGUCAUGAUUCUGCAAUUGAGAAUAUUUAUGCAUAUAUAUGUAUAGAUCGACCUGUUAUUACUUUAAUAAAAAUUGCACGCUAUAAUAUAAUGGAUGACUCACAUCACAUAGAGGAUAUCGAGCAGGAUAUUGGUAAUAAUCAGUAUUAUAAUCGUGUAAGUAGUCUCUUAAUCACACCUCGUGUGAUUAACCCAAUUUAUGCUAGCUUAUAACUUUUACAUUCAUUACUUAACGCAGUUUCAUAAUUAUAAAUAGUAGAUCAUCUUUAUAAUUAGAGAUUACGCCUAAAAUGUUCAUCCAACAAAGCCAAAAGAACCAGCAGCGACAGUACACACACAGCAUUCAAUAAUCCAGAAGCGUCACCCGAUCCCAUCUCCAUCAAGCCAACUUCCACAUCCCACCACACGCCUCCCCCUCUUCCCCCCUGCUCAACACACACGCACGUCGUAAUUGGCCGCUGCGCGAAUAUGCGUUGAAAAUUUAUCGCUGGAUUUUAUUCGAUCGCGGUUUCGGCUCGCUCUCUCUCUCUCUCUCUCUCUCUCUCUCUCUCUCUCUCUCUAUCUCUCUCCGCAUGCUGUAUACAUAUGCGCGUAGCUGUCCGAUCGAGCGGAGACAUGUAGUGUGCGCGGUGGUCAUCGGAACGGCCGGCAGACAGUAAACUUCCGCGGCCUAUCGUCAAUUUCUUGGUCGCUCUGUCUCUGUGUGUAGUGUUUUGGCUAACUGCUGCCGCUGCUGCUGCUACUGCUGUGGUGCUGGACCGCUCCGUGUGUUGUGGUGCAAAAUAACUGGGAUCAUUGCUUGCUGCGGAGAGAUGGCGAAGGGAAUACUGGGCACCUGCGGCGAAAAACAGCAGGUGAUGCUGCUCCUGCUGAUCCAGAUCAUUGUGAUCGUGUUAAUGGGGACGCUGAUGACGUACGGGCCUGAGGCGCGUCCCGUCCCGAGAAACCGUUCAAUUUCAGCGUAUUCGCCAACAAACAGUUGGCUCCCGGAUGACAAGAAAGACGAUGAUUCUCCGCCGCUGUAUCCGAUGUACCAGGACGUGCAUGUGAUGAUAUGGAUCGGUUUCGGAUUUCUCAUGACUUUCCUCCGGAGGUAUGGCCAAAGUGCUGUGGGUCUGACUUUCCUCGUCGGGGCGAUACUCGUCCAGGUCGCCAUGCUCUGCGAGGGAGUAUUCAAUAUCGGGAAGAACGGAAAGGCGCCUCUCUCACUGAAAUCACUGCUGAGCGCCGACGUGGCUGUGGCGGCACCUCUGAUAUCGAUGGGUGCGUUGCUCGGCAAAACGACGUACAUGCAGCUAAUCGUCAUGGGCAUCAUCGAGCUCAUCGUCUACACCGCCAACAAGUACAUUGGAGAGAACCAUUUCGUGGUAGUCGACGCCGGCGACAGUAUGUACGUCCACGCGUUUGGCGCCUAUUUCGGCCUGGCCGUCAGUUUCGUCUUCGGAAUGAAAGAAAAGCCUAAGGAACACAGCCUCGAGGGUUCCUCCUACGAGUCCGAUAUUUUUGCGAUGAUCGGAACGGUAUUCCUCUGGCUGUUCUGGCCGUCGUUCAACAGCGCAGCUUUAAAGGGCGACGAACAGCGUCGGGCGAUCAUCAACACGCUUCUGUCGAUCGCCGCGAGCUGCGUCAUCUCCUUUGCCGUAUCUGCUUUCGUUUCGAAGCAGAGCAAGUUUAACAUGGUUCACGUGCAGAACUCAACUUUGGCCGGUGGUGUUGCGAUCGGAACCGCUGCUGGAAUGAUGUGCGAACCCUUUGGCGCCCUUGCGAUAGGCAGCGCCGCCGGUGCGAUCAGUGUUCUCGGCUACAAGUAUCUCACGCCGCUGAUUCAAAAACGACUGAGGAUACACGAUACGUGUGGAGUGCACAAUUUGCACGGAAUGCCGGCCGUGCUCGCCGGACUUUUCGGAGCUCUUCUCGCUGGCCUGGCUAACGAAGCCGAUUAUAAUUACUCACUCUACGAGAUAUUUCCAGGCCGGAUUCCAGGACUAGGUCCUAAUCUCACGGAAAUAAACGAGAAUUACAGGCUCUCGCUAAAACCUGGGCCGAACCGCAGUGCCGGACAGCAGGCCGCAUAUCAAUUAUUGGCGCUGGCGGUCACAAUAGGAGUCGCCAUUGUUUCUGGAUUAAUAACGGGAUUGAUCCUGCGAAUGCCAAUAUGCGGUUCCAUCACGGAAGAUCAAAAGUUUGAUGACAGCGUUAACUGGGAGUUCGAGGACGAGAACGCGGUACACGAUAUUUCGUCCGCUAGCAAGGAUGGCAAUGGUCGCACUGCCGAACAACUUUCCAUGGGCCACAUCUAAUCUAAGAUUUUGAGUUUACGAAUCGUAUUUUAACCGAGACGAAGGAUAUUUUACACGCACAGAGUGAAAAAUCCGAAUUUUCUCGUAUAAAUAAGUGUAAAGUUGACAAAAAUUGUACAUUAUUUGAUGUAAUCGAUAAAUAUUUUUUAAUAUAUAUAGGAUUUACUAUAAAAUUCUCUCUUAACUCUAGCUUUACAAUAAAUAUGCUGUAUAGUAAAACAACGGUGAUUCAAAUCAACACUUGAUCAAGCUGCUCCAACUCCACGUAAUAGUAGGGUAGUCGCUCAAGGAUCGACUCCCGUUUCCCACGUCAAUUGUACAAAAAAGUAACGCGAUCCUCGAGAAUCGACUUUUUUUCCUAUGUAACAUCAAUUGAUUUUCCAUCAUAUAUAUAUAAUUCAUUAAGUUCGACGAAGAAGACAUUGAAAAAUUGCUUAUCGAACUUGUAUAAUAAAUAUAUCAAUGAAAUUCAA